AUGCGUGAGCACCACGGCAGCGACUGGGCAUCUCCUUCAGAGGUUCUGCACCUGCGUGAGCUUUACCAGGACGUGACUUCGCGCUACAUGCGAGAGGUGCAGGCUGUGCAAGGCGAGCUGGCGAAGGCGCAGGAGGAGUGCGCGGCCUACGCGCGGGAGCGGAGAGAAAUACUGGAGCUGCAGCAGGCCUACCAGGACGGCGUCGUGGCGUGUGGAAGGGCGAAGGAGCGGGAGGCACAGUGGAUCGAGGAGCGCGCGCUGCUGCGCGUGCAGAUGGAACGGGUGAUGGUGGAGAAUCAGCGACUGCAGCUCUACAUUGCCAAGAAGCAGCACUCUCAUAACCACCAUGCGCCACUGCGCGGCGGCGCGACAGGAAGUCACGAGCGUGUGCGGGCGGCAGUGCAAGCAGUUACCUCUGCUGCUGCCGCGACGUCUUCCGUCUCCCCUUCCCCGUCUGCCCCCUGGCCACCUUUACCACCCACAGUUGCACCCACGACGACCACCAUGACAGGUUACUUGGCCUCACCGCAGUCGGUUGAGGGUCCUGGUGCAACGGUCUUCGUCCCUCUUUCUGGCGCACCGAGGGGCACCGUCACCGGUAUGGAACAGGUGGAGGCGACAUCGCCCUACACGUUCUUGUCGUCCGAGUCGUCUUCGCCUGAGGCGUUGCAGUACCAUGCUCCUCAGCAAGGCGGCAGGGCGGCGUUCGAGACGCCACCACCUCUGGUGUCCCCGCCCACUUCGCGCCAAUUUGCGCUCGCAAGGUCCACAUUGCCCACCAGCGCUACUGGCGCCGCAGGUGCACAGCCACCGCAUUCGACACCGCUCCAGCGCACCUAUCCCAGUGAGACUGGUGAUGAUACCCGUACAGACCAGCCAGGCGUCGGUGGCGACCAUGGCGGCCCAUCUCUACAGCAACAGCGUGAUUACUCACGGCGGCACCCAUGUGGCGGUGUCAACCACGACGAGGUGCCGCAUAACUCUUUCCUCAUGACUCCCUUGCUCUCCUCCAGCGAGGCCGCGAUGUCGCGCUCUGUGGGUACUUCUGUUCUGGGUGCCACAAGCGGCAGCGAGGGCGGUCGACUUGGCGCUGGGAAGUCAGCACGGCCUCUGCGGCCGCAGCGAGUGUGUCUCGACAACGAGGAGAAUGAAACCGACAAUGCCACUGGAGAAGGCGAGUUCAACCCUUCUUACGCUCGCGGCGUGACAGACCUGUCGACCACCUCCGGCGGGUCGUCAUCGCCCUCUCCCGCUGCGAACAUUCGCGCAGUGCUCACUGGCGGUGGCCUUAUGCAAGCGCCCGAGCAGCGGGUGAGUCGCCAUAACCACUGUGGUAGCCGUCGUCUCGCAGAGCAAUGGAGAGGGGAGGCGACUGCUGAGAGAGCUGCAGCGGAGCUUCCCACCACUACUGCUACUAUCACCACUACAACACCGUCCCUGGGCUCCACCGCAAUGGCGACAACGUCCUCGUCCUGGAGUCUCCAGUAUCUCUACCAGCUCCCACGCACACCUGCAGAGGCCCUGCAAGAGGAGCUGCGGAUGCUCAAGGAGCUUGGGCGGCUUGAGGAGGCGAAUCAAGUUCUUCAGGCUCGCCUUGACUACGUGGAGGUGACGAAGGAAAUCGACAUGAAGCGGUGCGAGCAGCAGUACCUUCGACUUGUCCAGGCGCACGACCAGUCGCAGCACAACGCGGCCCAGUGGGAGUUGUCGUCACAGCAGCUGGAGUCAGAGGUGAGGCUGUCAGAGACAAAGUGUGCGGAGUUGCAGAACGCGCUCGAGGACGUGCUACAACAGGCCAAGAGGCAACAGGAGCUGAGUCAGGCACGUCUGGUGGAACUGGAGACAAGCUGCCGUGAGGCGCUGGUGGCCACACGAGACGAGGCUAUGAAAAAGAUAUGUACGCUUCGAAGUUUCCUGCGGGAGGCUGCCGCGAGCCUUGCGACUACAUCUGCCUCAGCACUGUCGCCGGCUGCGGCACACGAGGUGGCUCAGCUGCGAGAGGAGGCCGAGCAAAACCAGCGCACUCUUGAGAGUCUCAGGAGCGAACUGCACGCAUUACGCGCCGCACACAGUGAACUGCAGGAUGAGCAUAACGUGUUGCAGGCGGAGGCAAAGAUGUGUCGGACACGCCUCGAGAGCGACCUGGAGAGCUCACGGGAGCUGUUGGCGGCCGCGUGCAGGGACCAGCAGUGUGCGGAGUCCCGCAUCGACGAGCUCGAGGCGGAGGUCGAGCGACUGCGCGGGGCUGUUGUGGUGUCGGAGGGGUGCAUGCGUGCCAUGGAGGAGCGUCUCCGGGUCGCCACUGAUGAGGUCACGUUGCAGCAGGGGCAGUUGGACGAGGCGUCGGCAUGGCAGGCGCGCGCUCUCGGUGCUGAGGAGGAGCUCAGCUCACAGCGCAGUUACUAUGAGAAGGAGAUCGAAGUCUACAAGACGGCAGCGUGUGCGAUGCAGGAUCGCCACCACGCUGAGGUGGAGGGCUUAGUGAGGCGCUGUGAAAAGCUGCAAGUACGCUAUGCAGCAGCGAAGGUCCGCCUGGCUGCAGCGGUGUCGAGGUCAGGGGCGGCUACCGUAUUCACUACUGCCGGCGGUUGCGCCAAGACGAGACGCUCCCGCCAUUCGAAGACCGAGGGCGGCGACGUGCCAGUCAGUACUGCGAGCCCACGUCCGCCUGUUGCCAUCACGACGGAAGCUUCGCUGCCCCACUGCACGGCUAUCGCUUACGAUUCUCUGCAGGCCCUGCGCGCUUCGGGGCAAGUGACGGAGCAGCUGAUUCGCUCCUUGAACCGCUCCACCUCGUCGUACUGCUGA